CCCUAUCUGUUCUCAUCACACCCUAUAGUUUACAUAUAAGCGAUGAAAAGUUUGAUGGCGACCAGUUGUUGAUGAUACACUGUGAAUCACACUAUAGCACGAUAAUGAAAGUUCUGGUAAUCCUUUGUCUUUGUUCUGUGAGUCUGGCGCUUGAACAUGAAGGAAGAUAUGUGCAUGACGAUUCAGGAAAGUAUGUACCGAGUAAUGAAGGGCAGUAUGUUCCCGAUUUUUCUGGACAGUACACUCAUGAUGGAACUGGAAAUUAUAAACACGAUGGUAAUCGAUAUAACGACGAUGGAAGCGGAAGAUAUAAGGGACAAUUUGACGGACUAAAUGGUAAUCUGCUACCAUCUGGUACGAAACACAGACCUGUUGUUCAACCGGUAGUAACAAUUAAAACCACCCCCAUCAAGCCUCCAACACCUGCCCCUGCACCUCGCAUACCCUUGAAAACAUACGAGAACUAUCAAGAAGGAAAAUGGAAAAUCCUGCGACAACUAGGUGACAUAGACACAGAUGGCGGAUAUCACUGGGAAUACGAAACUGAGAACAAAAUCAUUGCUGAAGAGUCGGGGAAAGUUCACAAUGAGGGAACUGAUGCAGAGGCUAUGCGGGCCAAAGGAUUUUACCAGUAUACGGGUCCUGAUAAUGUAGUUUAUGCUGUCGAGUACACUGCUGAUGAAAAUGGUUUUAAUGCUGUGGGAGAUCAUUUGCCAACGCCGCCCCCGGUUCCUGAGGAUAUUGCAAGGGCCUUGCAAGCGGACAGAGCGAAUAAUAAACUUUAGAAAAUCGGCGAUGACGAAUACCUAACUGAGAUUAGUAGAAAUUAAAGUAAAUUAAAUUAUAUACGAAAAGGGGAAAGAAAGAAAAAAGCUUUUAUUUUUGUUGGGACAUGAUUGGUCAGUUUUGUUUGUAAGGCAUGCAAUCCAAUGUACAUAAUAAAUU